AAGUGGUAUAUUUCAGUAUAUUUCUGAGAAUCGCGAACCCGGCGUAUUUUGCAUUUUAACUUGCCAAAAAUGUCUUCGCCUGCACCAAAGUCUCCGGAAUUAUCCGAUAAAAGCAAGAAAUAUGAUAGACAAAUCAGGCUUUGGGGCGAGCAUGGACAGACGCUGCUGGAGGCGGCUACCAUUUGCUUAGUGAAUGUCACCGCUGUCGGCUGUGAGACAGCCAAGGGGCUUGUGCUGCCUGGGAUCGGCGGAUUUACGGUGGCAGAUGGCAGCACCGUCAAGGAGGAGGAUCUGGGCAACAAUUUCUUUCUGGACGCCAGCUACAUUGGCAAAUCGAAAGCGUUGGCAUGCAAGCAGCUCCUGCAGGAGCUUAAUCCCGAUGUCAACGGCGACUAUGUAGAUGAAAGUGUGGACUACCUUCUGGAAAAUCGGCCGAAUUUCUUUGACAGCUUUGACCUGGUCAUAGCUUCGAACCUGAACGAGAAAACCUUGCUGUUGCUUUCGAAACGCCUCUGGGAUUCGAAUGUGCCGCUGCUGUAUUGCCGUUCGCUGGGCAUGAUGGGCACCAUACGCCUUCAGAUACGUGAACAUUGUAUUGUGGAGGCCCAUCCGGACAAUCCUCAGUUCGACUUGCGUCUGGACCAUCCGUUCGAGGCACUGCGCGGCCAUCUCGAGAACACAGAAGUAACCAGCAAAGUGCCCUGGCUACUAGUGCUGCACAAAUACCUCAGACUCUGGCAGAAGGAGCAGACGGAUGGUCACAAGACUCCCAAAAACUACAAGGAGAAGAACCAACUGCGCGAAGCAAUCAGAAAAGAGAUGAACGCAGACGAGGAGAACUACGAGGAGGCCAUCAAGGCAGUUAAUACAGCGUUCGGUGCAGCCACAGUGCCGGCAUCUCUCAAAGCCAUAUUCGAGGACGAAGCGUGCGAGCUACUGACCAAGAAGAGCAACGUUUUCUGGAUCAUGGCCAAGGCGUUGAAGAGCUUUUUAACACACGAUAAUAACGGAUAUCUGCCUUUGCCUGGUGUCCUGCCCGACAUGACGGCCAACACGGACUCGUACAUUGCCCUGCAAAACAUCUAUCGCCAGCAGGCGCUACAGGAUGCUGAUCAGGUGUACCACAAGUGCCAGGACUACCUCAAGCAGCUGUCUCUGCCCCCAGACACCAUUGACGAGCGAAGCGUGAGAUCGUUUUGCCGUGAGGCGGCCGGUCUGACGGUAAUGCGUGGGACACGCAUUGCAGAAGAUUACGAGAGAAACAGUCGCCUUUUGCCAUUGGUGGAGGAAAAUGAGGUCCAGGACAAUCUUACCGCCUAUAACUUUGCCCUGCGCGCCUAUGAGCGUUUUCUCAGCGAAUGCGGACAUAUUCCCGGCGAGUGCACUGCCGAACAGGACAUUGGACGCCUAAAGACAAUUGCUAGCAAAAUGCUAAGCGACUUGGGCACCCAUGCGACUAUCAGCGAUGAUGUUCUACACGAGAUUUGCCGCUACGGCGGCGCGGAGCUGCAUGCCGUCUCCGCAUUUAUUGGUGGCUGUGCUGCCCAGGAAGUCAUCAAGAUUGUUACCAAACAAUAUAAGCCCAUUGAUAAUACCUUUAUCUACAAUGCUGUAAGCACUGAAAGUGUCACGUUGAAGUUGUAAACGAAUGGUUUUUCAUACAAUUGUUGGCUCAGAACUUUA